CAAUUUCUGCACGGGAAAGGAGGAAAACCCGCUCGCUCUCCCCGUUCUUGGAAGUUGGAGUCCAACCCUGCAACGCGCUCUCUCUUUCUCUCUCACGGCCUCACCCCCGCGAGCCGCCUUCUCCUCUCCUCGCCACGCCUAGCUCAUCCUUUUCCUCUCGUCGCCACUAAGCCACACGUUCGGCGGCGCUCGACGCAGCCGCAUUCGUGGAGAAGAUGGGCAAGCGGAGGGUCGAGAGGUCUCUUUCCAUGGAGAAGACGGCGGACGCCGGCGCCGUCGCUAAGCGGACGCGCUCCGGUUCCCACGCGCUCGCGCCGCCGCCCUCUCGGUCUCCGGCCGCCGUUCAGCCACCCACAGCGAGCGGCGAUGGCAGGUCGCUGGCAGACGUCUCCGCCGUCGAGCCUGCCGGGAGGCGAACACGGUCCAAAUCCAACCCGCGCCUACCUCCUCCACCGAUGGCGCAGACGUCGCAGAAGAAGGUUUCCUGGGCGAUUCCAGUAGAUGAAACAGCCAAAGAAGAACUUAAGCAAAGAGAAGUUCCGAACGCGAAGAUGAGGACGAGGACACAGCCAUCCAGGAGAGGAAAAGGAGCCGCAGGCGAGGCAAGCAAUGCUUCGGUGAUCCCUCCUGGAAAUUUUGAUCGAGAAAGUCAACCUUGCAUGCAACCUACACAUUCCGAGCAACAGCCAGUUGGUACAAUGGGUCAGCGGUACCCGAACAAAGGUGAGGUGCAAAAGCAAGUUCAAAGGAGAAGCAAGAGGCAAGAACCGAGUGGAAGGGAAAACCUGAGCAGAGCACUCGUUCCUGCACCAGUGAGAAAAAGCACGAGAAGAAAGUCAAGGCCUUUGCAGGGGUGGCUUGGUGAAAGGUUUCUGUAUAGCAAUAGGCUACCCGGCGCAAUAGGCAUUAAAUCAUAUUCUCGCGGUGAAGAUGGCAAGGUUGCACUGAGAGUGGAAUCCUUCCUGCCCAAAAAAUAUUCAGAUCUUGUAGCGCAAGUCGGGAUGUACUGAGGUUCUUGGAUAUGUUUCGGUCAUGACGCUUAUAUCUAUCCUUUUGUGGCAUUUGCGAGCUUUAUCUUAGCCACGCAACAACUUUUGAGAUUGAUGUUGCCAUCUAUAUUUGAACUUGUAUCCUGUAUUUUCACAACUUAUCAGGCACGGUUGUGCAUGUGGGAUGAGGCAGAUAUCUCUCUCCAUUGAUUGUUUCAACCUAGCCUUUGAGCUUUGAAAUUUUAAGUCCUUGCAUGCCA